GUUCGUUCAUGGGCUGCAAGGCGAUCCAGUAAACUCAUGGACCUAUACACCUCCUGCGAUACAGUCCCAAGCUUGUACUAUCCGAUCUCGCCUCCAAAAAUUGAGUCUGUUUCCUAAGCGCCAGCCCAGCGAAGUACCACCAGCAAAACCCGAGCACGCACCGGUCUUCUGGCCAGGGGAUCUACUGGCGGUUGAUAAGGACCUGAGCAACGUUCGACUGCUCACUUUUGGGUACAAUUCAGACGUUUUGCGCAUAUUCGGUGCCACCGGGAGGAACAACAUCUCACAGCAUGCUAAGAACUUAGUGGGAGACCUACUCGGAGAGAGGGAGGGAACCGCACGGCCAAUCAUCUUCGUAUGCCAUAGUCUAGGAGGAAUAAUAGUUAAAGAGGCAUUGAGACUCUCGUCAGUGGCGCAGUUCCGGCCCAGAGAGCAGAGAUUAUAUCAGGAUACCUUCGGAAUAGUCUUUCUUGGCACUCCACACCGUGGUUCCUCGUGGGCUUCAUGGGGUAGUCUCUGCAGCAACCUUGCGAAACUAGCUCUCCAGUCAACAACGUCGACGCUAUUACAACAGAUCCAGGUCGACAGCGCUGUUCUACAGAUUAUCGCCCACAACUUUAGCAACAUGAUCAGAGACGACAUCAAGAUCCACUCAUUUCGAGAAGAGCGGGGCAUGAGUGGUCUAUACGGCUUCGAUGCUAAGGUAGCGUAG